GAUCGGGUCUCCGAGACAUACGUCUGUUUUGAUGCGACAUGUGAUGUAGCGUGUCAACCCACCACAAACGACAAAAUAAAUCACCACAUGCAUCACUAUAAACGGACAAAGCUGGAGAGAGCUCCACACAGAAAGUAGCGAGUCAAGCCGACACAGGCGACGGCAGUUUUCUAAACUGAGGUCCAGGCAUCAGCAGGCCUCGGAGAGCAACGGCAUGAUGGAAGGGGGAAUGCAACUGCUGAACCGAGAUGGCCACAGCAUCUCGCACAACUCCAAGAGGCACUACCACGACUCCUUCGUGUCUAUGAACCGCAUGCGUCAGCGGAGCUUGCUCUGCGACAUCGUGCUCCAUGUGGCCAACAAGGAGAUCAAAGCGCACAAGGUGGUGCUGGCCUCCUGCAGUCCGUACUUCCAUGCCAUGUUUACAAAUGAAAUGUCCGAGAGCCAUCAGACCCAUGUGACCUUGCAUGACAUUGACCCUCAGGCUCUGGAGCAGCUGGUGCAGUAUGCCUACACUGCUGAGAUCGUGGUAGGGGAAGGAAAUGUGCAGACCCUGUUGCCGGCAGCAAGUCUCCUGCAGCUCAACGGUGUGAGAGAUGCCUGCUGCAAAUUCCUCCUCAGCCAGCUGGACCCCUCCAACUGCCUGGGCAUCCGUGGCUUUGCAGACACUCACUCCUGCAGCGACCUGCUCAAGUCGGCCCAUAAGUACGUCCUGCAGCACUUCGUAGAGGUUUCCAAGACCGAGGAGUUUAUGCUGUUGCCACUGAAACAGGUGUUGGAUCUCAUCUCCAGCGAUAAUCUGAAUGUCCCAUCAGAAGAGGAAGUCUACAGAGCCGUGCUUAGCUGGGUCAAACACGACAUCGACGGGCGGAGGCAGCACGUGCCACGGCUGAUGAAAUGUGUGCGGCUACCGCUGCUGACACGAGACUUUCUGAUGAGCAACGUGGAUACAGAGCUGCUGGUGCGUCACCACUCCGAGUGCAAAGACCUGUUGAUUGAAGCGCUGAAGUAUCAUCUGAUGCCCGAGCAGAGAGGCGUGCUCAGCAACAGUCGCACACGGCCACGUCGCUGCGAGGGUGCUAGUCCGGUGCUCUUUGCCGUUGGUGGGGGUAGUCUUUUUGCUAUUCAUGGAGACUGUGAGGCGUACGACACCAGGACGGACCGCUGGCACAUGGUGGCGUCCAUGUCAACACGACGGGCACGAGUCGGAGUGGCUGCUAUCGGAAAUAAACUCUAUGCUGUUGGAGGGUAUGAUGGCACCUCUGAUUUGGCCACUGUAGAAUCAUAUGAUCCAGUAACCAACACGUGGCAGCCUGAGGUCUCCAUGGGAACGAGGAGGAGCUGUUUAGGUGUAGCGGUACUGCAUGGACUGCUUUAUGCUGCCGGAGGAUAUGAUGGUGCUUCCUGUCUCAACAGUGCAGAGAGGUAUGACCCUCUGACCAGUACCUGGACCUCCAUUGCUGCUAUGAGCACCAGGCGGCGAUAUGUCAGAGUGGCCACGCUAGAUGGCAGUCUGUAUGCAGUUGGUGGGUACGACAGCUCCUCCCACUUGGCCACGGUAGAAAAGUACGACCCGCAGAGUAAUACAUGGACUGCCAUUGCCAACAUGCUGAGCAGGAGAAGCAGUGCGGGGGUGGCAGUAUUGGAGGGCAUGCUUUAUGUUGCUGGGGGCAAUGAUGGCACCAGCUGCCUGAAUUCCGUGGAAAGAUACAAUCCAAAAACCAACACCUGGGAAGGAGUGGCGCCCAUGAACAUUCGCAGGAGUACUCAUGACCUGGUUGCCAUGGACGGCUGGCUGUAUGCAGUUGGAGGCAAUGACGGCAGCUCCAGUCUCAAUUCCAUAGAGAAGUACAACCCUCGUAGCAACAAAUGGGUGGCCGCCUCGUGCAUGUUUACGCGCCGAAGCAGCGUGGGAGUCGCCGUCCUGGAGCUGCUUAACUUUCCACCACCUUCCUCUCCCACUCUUUCUGUCUCCUCCACCAGUCUUUGACAAAGGGUAAAGACUCGGCUUAGCUCCAGCGGCCUGCCCUGCGUGGCCAAGAGGCGCAACUGUUCAGUGUGAACACUGAACGAUGAGGAGUGUUUAAUGGGCCAGAGUGCCCUUCCUCAACCUGGAGGAACAUGACGGCAUUCCACAGAUCAUGAGGGUAAACGGUGGGGAAAAAACGCGCUCUCACACACUUCAGACCUCCACGAUCCUCACCCUUGAAAAAACAGUGCUUGAAAGUGCAAAAUAAUAUUGCUCUGCCAUUAUGCGGUCACUUUGUGUGUGAUGUAACUAAAUGUAUAUAUGAUUUAUGUUUAUGAUUUUUUAAAGAUAUUAAUAUAUAUACAAAAAACUACUAUAGGAAUGUAGCUCUUAACAGGAUCUGCCGUGCAUGUUUACAUAAAUUGUCUUGGCAGACAAUAAUAUUGUAGUGCUGCUGUGUCACACUAGGUGGCAGAAAGGUGCACUGCUGCCCCAUCUCACCACAGACUCGCAUGGAAGGUGGCUGUAAAUACACGAGUGUGGUCAAAUCAUGUUAACCUAAUAUAUGUUUAUGUAUUUUCAUAUUUUUUAUUUAUCUACUGUAAUAUAUCAACAUAUGACACUAUUGUUUGAAAGACCACCUCUGUCUUUAAAGAGGAAAGAUGUAGUUUUUUGGAUAAGCUUACAUAUCAGAGGAGCACAGGUGUUAUGAAGAUUGGUAUGAAAUGUGAAUUUAGGAAGCGAAUCAGGUAUUUUUUUAUCGGUUGUGUUCAGUUGUUAAAAAAUGAAAAGGCCUUCGAGAGUUUGAGCUUGUGUGCAAACUUGAUAACAUGCGUAUAUACAGGGCUGGGGAGUAACGAAAUACACGUAACUUGGUUACGUAUUUAAAAUACAAAAUUUGAGUAUUUCAUUACAGUUACUUUUUAAAUGGUGGUAAUCAAAUUACAGUUACAACCGAAAAGUAUUUUAGAUUACCAAAGUGAUUACUUGGAAUUUCAAUGGCAUUUAUUUCAUUUAAACUUUAUAUUAACUGUAACAGGCAAUUAAUGUAAACAGCAAUCGGUGAUUCUCUGACUCUGGCAUUCUGCAAAAGCAUCCCAAACUACAGUUCUGCUCAUUUUCAUGCCCCUCGCAGAAUAUGCAAAAUUGGAAUAAUUUUAACAAAAUAAGAGGGAUCUGGGUUCAUAGAAAUUGCAUAUUAAUUUGAUUUAGUACUGUUCUGAAUAAGCUAUUUCACGCAAUAUAAGUUUUCAUAUACUCCAUUACACAAUUUGAGCCAAUUUAUACAAAUUGCCACAUAAAAAAAUUGACACCCUGGAAUCUUUAAUGUCUGGUUACCUGAAUGAUCAAAGACUGUUUUCAUGUUUUGCGAGUCCCUUGAUUAAGUCAUUUGUUUAGGUAAUUGCGACUUUUUAUCUCGGAGUUCUUUUAUCUCACAGUUCUGACUUUUUCUAACAAUUGCGAGUUUAUAACUCACAAAUCUGAUAUAUUUUCUUAGAAUUGUGAGAGAUAUACACUCACAAUUGCAUCUGUCAGUCCAAUGAGAGAAAAAUACUGACUUUUUUCAGUAUUGUACUGAAGUUGUAGUCAACUUACUAUACAAAUGUCAAAAUUGCGAGAUCUCGCAAUUGUGAAUUUUUCAUGCAAUUCUGAUUUCAUAACUUGCAACUGCGAGUUUAAAUCUCGCAAUUCUGAAAAAAUGAAAUUUUGUUUUUUUAUUUAGUGAUGGAAACAAGUUUCCAUGAAACACAAUGCAGAAUUCAGAGAAGGGGGUGAAAAUGUUUAAACAGAAUGAUGUGUAAAGAUUUUUUAUUUUGUUUAUAGAUAAUAUUUUUUUCAUUUAGUUCUGCCCUUUACAUUAAGCAUGUAUAACCACAUGUUUCCCAGAAGACAAAAUAGGUACAUUUAGCCUCCAAUUCAAAAAAAGUUUACACACCCCAGCUCUUAAUGCAUUGUGCUGCCUUUUUGAGCAUCAGCAUUUUUCCUUUUCUUUUUUCUAAGAUUGUGUGCUUUUUUGCUUUAAGAUAUAUUGUGGAAAACUAAUGUUGUUUAAAAUAAAAUGCAGAGGAAAAC